CUGAUCUUCUCCCGAGUCCCGAAUUCUCUGCAACCUCUCGCUCCCGAUCCAGGCAUCCAGCGCCCACGCCCUCCUCAGCCGUCGCCUCCGCCGGCAAGCCCACGCCCACCUCUCCCACAUCACCGCCUGCCGUCGCACCCCACGCGUCCCCCCGUGGACCGUGGAACUCCCCCAAACAGCGCCGCCCCCCCCCCCCCCCCCGCGUCCGGACCGAGAAACUGGUUUUGGCGGCGGCGGGAUUUUCUGGGCCGCGACGCGAGGUAGCUGCAGAGGAGCGAGGCGAGGAAGGGAAGAGAUCAUGGUUGGGCCUGGGCACAGAAACAGUCAUGGAAAGCGAUACUCUGAUUAUGCUGAAAAUGGAGGUGGCAAACGAAGAAAUCCUGGUGAUGAUACCUAUGCUCCUUGUCCAGAUGAUACUGUCUAUCGCUACCUCUGCGCUUCUAGGAAAAUCGGGAGUAUCAUUGGGAGGGGCGGAGAAAUUGCCAAGCAGUUGAGGACAGAUACUCAAGCUAAGAUUAGGAUUGGUGAGAGUGUCCCUGGCUGCGAUGAGCGAGUUAUCACAAUAUUUAGCUCAAGCAGGGAGACUAAUACCGUUGAAGAUACUGAAGAUAAGGUUUGCCCUGCCCAAGAUGCUCUCUUUAGAGUUCAUGAGAAGCUUAUCACUGAUGAUGGUCCUGGGGACGAAGAAAAUGAAGAAGGUUUAGCUCAAGUUAUUGUUCGUUUGCUUGUGCCGUCUGACCAGAUUGGAUGCAUUAUUGGAAAAGGCGGGCAUAUCAUCCAGGGCAUCCGCAGCGACACUGGUUCACAUAUACGUGUGCUUAGUACUGAACAUCUCCCUGCAUGUGCUAUUAGUGGUGAUGAACUUCUCCAGAUAUCUGGGGACCCAUUGGUAGUUAGAAAAGCUCUUCUCCAAGUAUCAUCUCGUCUCCAUGACAACCCAUCUAGGUCACAGCAUCUUCUUGCAUCCAGCUUGACGCAACCUUAUCCAGUGGGCUCCCGCCAUGGUAGUUCCUCUACUACUCCAGUUGUAGGGAUUGCUCCCAUGGUUAAUCCUUAUGGAGGAUACAAAGGUGAUAUGGUUGGAGAUUGGCCUUCUAUAUACCAACCGCGGAGAGAGGAGAGCUCUGCAAAAGAGUUCAGCUUGCGACUGCUUUGUGCUGCAUCAGACGUUGGAGGUGUAAUUGGAAAGGGAGGCGGAAUUAUCAAACAGAUCAGGCAGGAAUCUGGAGCUUUUAUCAAAGUGGAUAGUUCAAGUGCAGAAGAUGACUGCAUAAUUACCGUUUCGGCAAAGGAGUUCUUCGAAGAUCCCAUCUCUCCAACAAUUGAUGCUACAGUUCGUUUACAACCAAGAUGCAGUGAGAAAACUGAUCCAGAAUCUGGUGAGCCAUCUUAUACAACACGUUUGUUGGUGUCAACAUCACGGAUUGGGUGCUUGAUCGGCAAAGGUGGUUCGAUCAUUACUGAGAUACGUAGAACAUCAAGAGCAAAUAUACGUAUCCUUUCGAAGGAGAAUGUCCCAAAAGUAGCGUCCGAAGACGAAGAGAUGGUUCAGAUCAGUGGAGACCUCGAUGUUGCAAAACAUGCUCUUGUGCAAAUAACUACAAGGCUGAAAGCGAAUUUCUUUGAAAGAGAGGGGUCGUUAUCAGGUUUUCAACCUGUGAUUCCUUAUCAUCCCUUGCCUGCUAGUGUUGCUGAUGAGUCAAAGUAUCUAGGCAGAGAUGCUAAGCUUGGGCAUGAUUAUCCAUACUCUGGUGGAUAUCGUGCAUCAGAGGAUAUGCUUCCUGUUGACAGUUAUGCAAAUUAUGGCAGUUCCCAGGUCUCUGGAGGACGCUACGGGACGUACAGUGGUCGUUCGGGAAGCAGUGGGUUAUCUGGCCCUAGUUAUCUAUCUUCUGGAAAGCGCUAUGGUUACUAGGAUUGAGGUUGUCAAAUACAACAGCCGAGACAAAUGAAGUUCGGAGCUUGCUUAUGGAGCCCCUACCCAAACCAGAUGCCGAGAGUACGCCCCGCCUGCAAGCUUUGCCUAAGUUGACCUUCCGGAUGCCAUAGACCAUCCUCAUAGACUAUUUCACUUAUAUUUUCCUCUGGGCAUGUGUUUGAUGCCCUGCCGUAAAUGUUCUGAACCUAUGUAUCCAAAGGUCACAUUUUAGUCUCUGUAUUUGUUGUUUGAAACCUGUUUCAGCUUAGUUUUUGUCGGGAGAUUUCAUUCCCUACUUCCCCUUGCUUGUAACAUAUGUUUAGUGCCAUCUUUACACACAAUUGUCAUUCUUAGAAGCAUAGUUCACCUGAGGUCAAGUAUACCAAGAUUUGUUCCUAUUUACAACAUGAGAUAUCACAACAAGCUAGGAAUUCUCAAUGA